AUGAUUGGCAUUUGCUCUCUUUCCCCUGCCCAUGUAAUCAGCGGCAAGCCAGUUGUGGUCGACAUCGCCGCACUCAGUGAAAGCCGGUUCUCCGACGAAGGCUAUGUAGAGGAGGUGGGUGUUGGUUAUACCUUUUAUCUUGGCUGCCCGAAGGCAGAGCGACGCGAGGCCAGCGUCGCCUUUGCUAUCCGAACCGACAUCGUGGGAUGUCUACCCUGUUUGCCGCAGGACAUCAAUGAUUGCCUGAUGAGCCUCCGUCUGCCUCUUCGGGGUGGUAAAUUCGCUAUCAUUGUCAGCGUCUAG